AUGAUUCAAAAGUUUUAUCCAAUUGCAUUGGCAGACAAGACAUGGGACAAUACAGGUUUACUUGUGGACUCGAGCUAUGAUGAUUCUAGCUCUGCCCUAUCCACCUCAUCAUCUGCCACAAAUCUCAAGAUCCUUUUAACAAUUGAUUUAACGCAAGCAGUUGCAGAAGAAGCAAUUGAUCAGAAUGUAAAUUUGAUUAUGGCUUAUCAUCCAUUUAUAUUUAGAGGACUCAAGUCAAUCACACAACAAGAUCCACAACAACGAUCACUCAUCAAAUUGAUUCAAAAUAACAUUAGUGUUUACUCACCCCACACAGCCGUAGAUAGCGCCAAAGGAGGCGUGAAUGACUUUUUAGUGGAUGUGAUUACAAAGGGGUUGAAUAUAGAAUCAUCUAAACCAAUCGAAGAGGAUAAAAAUACUCCAGAGAAUGGGAUGGGAAGAUUGGUUACUUUAAGCGGAUCAUCUUCAACACUUAAAUCCUUGGUUGAAUCGGUAAAGAAUGGAUUGCAACUCAAGCACGUUCAAGUUGCAGAGUCAAUAAAAGGUCCACUGCAAGAGAUUAAGACUAUUGCAGUUUGUGCAGGAUCUGGAGGAGGUGUAUUCAAAGGCAUACAAGCAGACUUGUACUUUACUGGUGAGUUAUCACAUCACGAGGCAUUAUUUUUCAAAGAGUCAGGUUCGUCUGUUAUAUGUUGCAACCACUCCAACACUGAGCGCUCAUUUUUGAGAGUUAUACAGGAGCAAUUGCAAAAGGAAUUGCCUCAAGACAAAAUUGUGAUAAGUGAAAAUGAUAAAGAUCCAUUUGAAACAUGGUAG